CUAACUAACCAUCAUCAUCAGUCGGCAGUUCAAACAGCAGACAUGGGACUGUGGAGUCACCGAGGGGGGGGAAACUCUUCUCAGAGAUUCACUACAACUCAAACUGCAGGAGGGAAUUCAUGCGCACUGAAAACAGAGCUUCUUAUUUUUCAUCUGUAAUUCUUUACUUUUUUAUGCUCUGUAAAGGACCGGAAGUGAAGAACUUUAAAUGACAACUGAAGUUAUCCGUGCUUUUUUGAUACCUAGGGCAAAGUGCCACACCUUCGCGUAGCGCAACAGGUCCACAACACAGCCGGCCAAAUGGGGUGCCAGUGCUGCAGGAUGAUAAAAAGCUACAUCUAUGAACCCUCUGUGGUGGUGGACGGGAGGAAGUCUGACUCCGCGGACAGCUCGCUCUACCAUCCCCACCGCCUGGGAGGUGGAGGCCCAGACGGUGACCACAACAAACAGAAGCAGGGCAUCCACAACCAGGGCUACAGCAAGUCCAGCGACAGCACGCUGAAACUGGAGGCAGACAACAACCAUGUCAACCACCGGCUGCACGCCGCACCCUCAUCUGCGAAGGACAGACAGGGGAGUGCACCACCUCCAGAGGUGUACAUCAUCCAACCAGAUCCAAGAUGGGCGAUACAGGACAGAGGUCCGAGCCAGGUGCCCAUUUACCCGAACAUACAGGAGUACGAGAACCAGAGGGGUUACGUUGAGCGGGGACAGCAAUCAGCAAGGAACGGUUGGGAGAGCUCCAUCAUAAUCGACAGUGAGAUCCCAUCAGCAGACGAGGUAGACGAGGGCGUAGGAGGGACGCCGGAGUACCCUUGUGACACAGGGGAUGAGGGGAGUGUCCUGUCAGUGGACAUCCACACCAGCACCACCAGCCUGUCCUCGGCGGACACCAGGGACGAGCGCAGACUGCCAAAGACUCCUGACGUUUCAACGAUGGAGAGCGGGAUCUCCGUGAUGAAGAGCGAGGACGAGGAGGUGGAGGAAUGCGUGGACAGCAUUACAGACUCAAUGGUGGCCGAGGCUCUCGCAGCUUUGGAGGCUGCGACCGCCGGGGAGGAGUGCGAGUGACUGACGGACCUGAACGCAAGUUGAACGCAGCGUUCAAGAGCAUCGUGCGACUUCUGAGAAACACCUCCUGUGUUUUUAUCAAAGACAUGAUGAAACUAUGAAGGAAAACUUUGUUUACAAAGACAAGGAACAGAUAUUUUUGGAUAUUUUAUAUUCUGCUCACACUGACGGAAAAUGAAGUCUGGCAACUUUAUCCGAAGCUGCAAGGUUUGAAAAAGCCACAAAUGAAGAGAUGAUUAUUCAGACUGUGAAUAUCAACUAUUGCCAAGUUAGCCGAAUCAGGCGCAUUUAACACUCCACUGUCCAAAAAGGCCUUUAAGUACUCACCAUUACUCUGCCAUGUCAAUACUGCCCAUGUACAGGUGUGCAUUUACAUUAUUAUACUGCUUUGUGUAUCAUGGUGGGUCAAAGCAAUGCUAACUGCUAGCAGGAUCAAUAACUUCUUGCCAUAACUUGCUGUUUCUUCAGGAACGUCACAUUUGUUUUGUCUUCUUUGAAUUCAAGAUUAACUUCACUUCAAUCACUGUUUAUAUUUUGUAAAAGGAACAAGGAAGUUAUUUCGAAUGCAGAAUAUAUGAGGAAGUGUUCCUAAUUUAUUGCUCAGUGCAUCAUUGAUUUUGCUUGAAUCAAACUGAAGGAAUAUUGAAUCUACUUGUAGAAAAGUGUGAGCGUAUGCUGAUGGCUCUCUGUUUUUUAAUUUCUUUGGCUUUUAACUAGGGGUGGGAAUCGAAAACCGGAUCCGACUUAGAUUCGGUUCCAAUUGAUCAAUUCCAUCG